AAAAAUUUCAUAAAGAAAUCAAAAUCUCAAAAAUUUCAUAAAUAAAUUGUGAAUAUCUCAUAUUUUACAAAUUCAUCGAAUAUUCAUAAAGAUAUCAAAUGCAAAUCAUAUUAAAUAGGUCACUAACGCCCAUUGAUUUAUGAAUAUCAAGUCCAAAUCAUACUAAUUUGAGAAAUAUGCAACUAAUGGCCCUCGAAGUAUGUAGAUGAAGUCCAAAUCAUUCUAGUUUGAGAAAUACACCAGUAACGACCUGCAAAUUAUGUAGAUCAAGUCCAAAUCAUCCGCAAAUUAUGUAGAUCAAGUCAAAAUCAUCCUAGGUCGAGAAAUACGUUACAAACAACCUACGAUUUAUGGAGAAACAUCAUAUGAGAAAAGAAUUAAGGGAUAAACGAAAUUUCACCUGCAAUCUUGAUGAAUAAAAUUAUGUUUCUUCCUAUUUUUUUUGGUGAUUUUAAUUUAUUUCUAUCACUUUAAAAUUUAUUGCAUACAAAGUCAUCUCGAGGUCACUACACCAUCCAAGUAAAAGAAUAACUUAUUUUGAUAUUAAUUAUUAAUCUCGAAAUAAGUUAUCUCAAAUUAACAAUAUUCCCUCCGUUUCAAAAAAGAUAGCCUAGUUUGACUUGGAACGUUAAGAAAAAAAAAGAAUUUUUAAUCUUGCGAUUCUAAAUUAAAAUUAUGUCAAAUGUAGAAACCGAGGAAAUAUUAUUUAAUCAUAGGACUAUUUGGUGUCACCUCAUGACCCCUGAUAGGAGUUACAUAUAUUGAUACAUGCCUUUUUUCUUUGCAUUUGAUAAAAUGCAGGUGCUUCUACCCCAUAAUUAUUUUGUGUCUGUAGAACCAAACAAAAAUUUUAAUCAUUUUGAUCCUCAAUUCCUAAUCUCCAGUAAGUGAAGGAAGAGAUGGCAGAGUAUGUUCCUUUAUCUCAAAUGGAGGAUUCAGAGAAGCAAAAUUCUUCAAUUAAAAGUAGAAAAAAGGGUGGAUUAAUUACCAUUCCUUUUAUUAUAGCAAAUGAAGCACUGGAGAGUGUGGCGAGCUAUGGGCUUUUACCAAAUAUGACAUUUUAUCUGAUGAGAGAUUACAGGAUGGACAUUACUACAACUCAAAAUCUUCUGUUUUUCUGGUCAGCUGCUACUAAUUUUUUGCCUAUUGUUGGAGCUGUUGUUGCUGAUUCCUAUUUAGGUCGAUUCCUUACUAUUGGCCUUGGUUCCAUCUUCAGUUUCAUGGGAACUGUAGUGUUGUGGUUAACAGCAAUGAUUCCGAAAGCAAGACCUCCGCCUUGCAAUCAAUCAGGACAGGCUUGUAAAUCUACAACGACAUCACAAUACAUGCUCUUGGUUUUCUCAUUUCUGCUCAUGUCAAUUGGUGCUGGAGGUAUAAGAUCGUCUUCUUUAGCAUUUGGUGCUAACCAGUUAGACAAGGGAGAUAAUAAUCCCAACAAGUAUAAGAUGAUGGAGAGCUUCUUUACCUGGUAUUAUACUUUAUGCGUAGCUUCUGUUUUGAUUGCCCUGACGGGCAUCGUUUACCUACAAGACAGACUGGGGUGGAAAGUAGGUUUUGGAGUUCCUGCCAUCCUCAUGUUCUUAUCCGCUCUGUCUUUCUACCUUGCCUCUCCAUUUUAUAUCAAGCCAAAGGUUCGCUCAAAUGUGUUUGCCAGCUUUAUACAAGUAAUUGUCGUUGCCUGCAAGAAUAGGAAACUACAUUACCCCAAUCAGAACUCUGAUUAUCAUCACAAGAAUGGUUCAGGACCUCAAGUGCCAACGGAGAAAUUGAGAUUCUUAAACAAAGCUUGCAUCAUUAAAAGACCUGAAGAUGUUAAGCCAAAUGGAGUUGCAGCCAAUCCAUGGAACCUUUGCACAGUGGAGCAAGUUGAGGAGCUAAAAGCCCUCAUUAGAGUCUUGCCAUUGUGGUCAACGGGGAUCAUGAUAUCAAUAAACAUGAGCCAAAGUUCAUUCCCUUUAUUACAAGCUCAAUCCAUGGAUAGACAUCUAACUAAAGGGUUCGAAAUUCCAGCAGGAUCAUUUGGGAUGUUUAUGAUGAUUGCGUUAACAAUUUGGGUUUUUCUCUAUGACCGAGUGAUGCUUCCAUUGGCAUCAAAGAUCAAAGGAAGACCAGUUCGUCUAAAACCUAUAGUCAGAAUGGGAAUUGGCAUAUUUGUCUCUUGCAUGUCCAUGGUAGUCUCUGGUAUUAUUGAACAUGUUCGACGAAGAAAAGCAAUCUAUCAAGGGCUGUUGAGCAACUCGCAGGGUUUGGUGGAGAUGUCAGCAUUGUGGCUCAUAAUACCAAGCUGUUUAAAUGGGAUAGCAGAGGCAUUCAGCUCGAUCGGCUCCACAGAGUUCUAUUAUUCGGAGUUACCAAGGAGUAUGUCAAGUAUUGCAUCAGCUCUUUUAGGAUUGGGAAUGGCAGUGGCAAGUCUUUUAGCAAGUGUGAUUUUGAGUGCUGUGGAUAAGUACACCAAAGGAGAAGGGAAAGAAAGUUGGGUUUCAAGCAAUAUCAACAAGGGACACUAUGAGUAUUACUACUGGUUUCUUGCUCUAUUGACAGCUUUCAAUCUGAUUUAUUUUGUGGCUUGUUGCUGGCAAUAUGGAACCUCUGUUGAAGUUGACAUCACUAUCAAAAUGAUGGAGCUUAGUGAUGAUGAUGACUGAUUAGUUUUGCCAAAUUCAUUCUUUUGGGCCCCAAAAAAUUCAGGAUGAUUUGACAAGUAUGCUUAUUACAUUUAUUUAAUUAGUUUCUGGAAAUGUGCGUUAUCAUUCACCUCAAAAAACUUGAUAAAAUGUUUGUAUUGUAAAUAAUAAAUUAGAAUGUACAUAUAUUAUUCGA